UGCACACACCUGGCCCGCAGGUAGCCUGCGCCCCGGCACCGGUUCGGGGCUGUAAGGGCCUGUUAGCCGCGGGUCCGCUUGGGGCCCGGCGCACGCUCGGGGAGGCGCACGGACCGGAGCCAUGGAGCAGGGCCCGGGGGGCGCGGCAGGAGGGGGGCCGCCCGCGCCCCGGCCCCGCCGCCGCCGCUCCCUGCGCCGCCUGCUCAGCCGCUUCCUGCUGGCGCUGGGCAGUCGCUCCCGCCCCGAGGACUCGCCGCCCCGGUCUGAGCCCCAGCCCCAGCCGCGACACUGCGAUGGCGACGGUGAGGGGGGCUUUGCCUGCGCCCCGGCCCCCGCUCCAGCCGCGCCCGGGAGCCCCGAGGAGGACCGCCCGCCCGGACCUCUACCCCAGCUCCACGCCGGCGAUGGGGCGCGGCCCCCGGGCGCGCUGGGUUUGAAGAACCACGGCAACACCUGUUUCAUGAACGCCGUGGUGCAGUGUCUCAGCAACACCGACCUGCUGGCCGAGUUCCUGGCGCUCGGGCGCUACCGGGCCGCCCCGGGCCGCGCGGAGGUCACCGAGCACCUGGCGGCGCUGGUGCGCGCGCUCUGGACGCGCGAAUACACGCCCCAACUUUCCGCGGAGUUCAAGAAUGCUGUUUCCAAGCACGGCGCCCAGUUCCAGGGCCACGCCCAGCACGACGCCCUGGAGUUCCUACUCUGGCUGCUGGAUCGGGUGCACGAGGACUCAGAGGGCUCCUCCCGAGGGCCAGGGUCCCAGCAGUUUGAAAAAUCUUACGUCAACAUUCUGUCCAUCAGUGUGUGCACCUGCAGCCCUGGGUACCGCUGCUUCUUUUCAGAUGAUAUGGUUUCAACUCUACCACCGCUUUCUCAGCUACGCAUCCUACGGAGCAGGGAUUCCCAGUCUUUUUGUCUCAAGACACAGGAUGGGGGAUCUUUACACCUUCAGCCGGAAGGCAGUAAAGCCUCUGAGAACCACCUGUCACCGUCGGCUCAGCUUUCUCUAGGCCAGAGCUUCGUGCAAAGCCACUUUCAAGCACAAUAUAGAUCUUCCUUGACUUGUCCCCACUGCCUGAAGCAGAGCAACACCUUCGAUCCGUUCCUGUGUGUGUCCCUGCCCAUCCCCUUGCGCCAGACCAGGUUCUUGAGCGUCACCUUGGUCUUCCCCUCUCAGAGCCAGCGGUUCCUGCGGGUUGGCCUGGCGGUGCCCAUCCUCAGCACAGUGGCAGCCCUGAGGAAGAUGGUGGCCCAGGAAGGCAACGUCCCUGUGGAUGAGGUGAUCCUGGUUGAACUGUGCCCCAGUGGACUCCAGCGGUCUUUCUUUGAUGAAGACGACCUGAACACGAUAACAGAGGGAGAUAACGUGUAUGCCUUCCAAGCCCCUCCGCCACCUGGCCAGGGGACACUCGCAGCUCCUUCGCCUGGUCUGUCCGUGUCCCCUCGCUUGGCAGCCCGUGCAGGUCAGCGGUUGUCCCUGCCUGCCCACAGGGAGAACAAGGUGCUAAUCCUCUUCUGUAACCUGGUGGGGUCAGGGCAGCAGGCGAGCAGGUUUGGGCCACCAUUCCUGAUCAGGGAGGACAGAACCAUCUCCUGGGUCCAGCUCCAGCAGUGCAUUCUCAGCAAGGUCCGCCACCUCAUGAAGGGCGAGGCCCCGGGACAGCAGAACCCAGGGCCACUGUUCUCCAUCCGGGUGGUGGGGCAAUCCCUGGCCCUUAGCUACUUGUCCCCACAGGACAGCAGGCCCCUCUGUCACUGGGCAGUGGACAGGGCUCUGCAUCUCAGGAGGCCCGGAGGCCCUCCACACAUCAAGCUGGCUGUCGAGUGGGAUAGCUGUGCCAAGGAGCGCCUGUUCGGGAGCCCCCAGGAGGAGCGGGUGCAGGACGCGGACAGCGUGUGGCGGCAGCAGCAGGCGCACCAGCAGCACAGCUGCACCUUGGACGAAUGCUUUCAGUUCUACACGAAGGAGGAGCAGCUGGCCCAGGACGACGCGUGGAAGUGCCCGCACUGCCAAGCCCUGCAGCAGGGCGUGGUGAAGCUGAGCCUGUGGACGCUGCCCGACAUCCUCAUCGUCCACCUCAAGAGGUUCUGUCAGGUGGGGGGGAGAAGAAACAAGCUCUCCACGCUGGUGAAGUUCCCGCUCUGCGGCCUCAACAUGGCUCCGCAUGUGGCCCAGAGGAGCACUGGGGCCACGCCCGGCCCCUGGCCGUCCUGGAAGCAGCCAGCCUGCCUGCCCACCAGCUACCCGCUGGACUUCCUGUACGACCUGUACGCCGUCUGCAACCACCACGGCAGUCUGCAAGGUGGGCAUUACACAGCCUACUGCCGGAACUCCCUGGACGGCCAGUGGUACAGCUACGACGACAGCAUGGUGGAGUCGCUGCCGGAAGAGGAGGUCAUCACCCGGGGGGCUUACAUCCUGUUUUAUCAGAAGCGGAACAGCAUCCCUUGCUGGUCAGCCAGCAGCUCCAUGAGAGGCUCCACCAGCUCCUCCCUGUCCGAUCACUGGCUCCUGAGGCUCGGGAGCCACCCCAGCAGCACGAGGGGAAGCCUGUCGUCCUGGCGCUCGGCCCCCAGCCCCACCCAGCCCCCGGGGCCCGACCCUCUCGUUUUCACAAGCAGCCUCUCCCGUCAGGAAAAGGGAGGCCUGCAGUCCAGGCCCUUGGUCCGGGGAGAGAGAGGCCGAAGCAUCAGCAUGAAGGUGCCCACUGCCUCUCGAGCCAAGCAGGGGGCCUUCAGGACCAUGCCACUUCGGUGGUCUUUUGGACACAGAGAGAAACCGGUGGUGGCGUCGGUCGAGUUGGUGGAGUACUUGGAGUCCAGACGGAGGCCUCGGUCUACGAGCCAGUCCAUCGUGCCGCUGCUGACGGGCGCUGCUGGCGGGGACGAGAAGUCGGCGGGGCCGAGGUCAAGUGCCACCCCCCCUGCUAAGGGUGAAGGUCGUGAGCAGCGAGCCAGCGAGAGAGGACCAGCCGGCGUGUCCUGCCCCGAGGGCCACCUCAGCCAUGGUGCCGUCCCUGGAGCCUCGGAUGGUCUGAACACAGCGGGGAAACUGGAGGGACAUGCCGGCCACGAUAUCGGGCUCCCCAGGCAGUUGGAUCUGCCGCUCACAGUCACACCCUCAGUGCACACUGAGAAGCGAGCCGGGCCUGAGGGCCAGAGGACUGCGAACGGGAAGGAAAGUGGCCAUGUGGGGACCCAGGACGCCUCAAGUACGGUGGGCAGAUCAGCUCCUCAAAAUGCCUUCGCCAGGGCCAGGGCAGAUGCAGAGGGAAGGGACCCUGAGACAGACAGACUCCCACAGGGGACCCUCACCCUUCUGAGGUCUGUGUUUUUGAAGAAGAACAAGAAGAAUGACAGGGCUGAGGUGGCCCCCCGGGUGGCCCCAGUCUCCCUGGGGAGUGGCAGACUGAGCCCAGCGGUGGGUGAGCAGACUCGAGUCUCGUCCUCUCCCCUGCGGGUGCCGGGGGGCCUGGAGGGCGCUGUCCGCUCUGCACCCAGCUCUCUGCACCUCCCUCGCAAGGCCUGCAGGCCCCCCAGGGCGAGGGCCCCGAGCCCGGCACAGAGGAGCGUUCCCGGGGAGCACACGUCUUUCGGCAGCUUGCAGAGGGUGAAAUACCACACUCUCUCCUUAAGGCGAAAGAAAACGUUACCGGAGUCCAGCUUUUGACGGUGCGUCCAGUGUCGUGUGAAGCUGGCAUCCUCUCAGCUCUGCCCCAAGCAGCUGCAGGCGGCCUGGCUUGCGAGCAGGACUCUGGGAAGCCACUUGUCUUGGGACCCCUGAAAAAUAAAAUGUGUUUGGUCUUCA